AUGUCUCUCGGUCGCACAGUAAAGCUCAACACCGGCGCCUCCAUCCCCCAGUUGGGUUUUGGAACAUGGCAGGCUGAGCCCGGUCAGGUUGAGGCCGCUGUUUACGAGGCUCUCAAGGCUGGCUACAAGCACAUUGAUCUUGCCAAGGUCUACGGCAACCAGAAGGAGAUUGCACAAGCCUUCAAGAGGGCUUUCAGCGAGGGCGUCAAGCGUGAGGACCUAUUCAUCACAUCCAAGCUCUGGAACUCGCAGCAUAGGCCCGACGAUGUCGCCCCUGCUCUCGACGACUGCCUUGCUGAGCUCGGCCUCGACUACCUCGAUCUCUACCUCGUCCACUUCCCCGUUGCCUUCGACGAGCAGGGCGAUGUUCACCAGAACCUCUUCCCCCUUCAGUCUGACGGUGACGUCAAGAUGCUCGACUCCAUCUCCAUCGUCGACACAUGGAAGGCCAUGACCAAACUCGACAAGAAGAAGGCGCGCGCCGUUGGUGUCUCCAACCACACACAGGAGCACCUCCAGGCUCUGAUCGAUGAGACUGGCGUCACACCCGCCGCCAACCAGAUCGAGCGCCACCCCCGUCUCCUCCAGACCGAAUUCAUAAAGUGGAUGGGUGAGAAGGGUAUUCACGUCACCGAGUACUCUGCCUUCGGUAACAACAUGUUUGGCGAGCCCCUGCUCAUCACACAUAAGACCAUCAAGGAGAUCGCCGACCGCAUCGGUGCUGCCCCUGCCCAGGUCAUCCUCGCCUGGGCUCAGGUUGGCGGCCACUCUGUCAUCCCCAAGUCGGUCACCGCAAGCCGCAUCCGCGACAACUUCCAGGAGAUUGAGCUCUCCGAUGACGACUUCAAGAAGAUUGAGCAGAUCGGCAAGGAUGAGCCCCGCCGCUUCAACAUCCCAUACAUUGCCAACAAGCCCAGGUGGCCCGUAAACAUCUUCGGCGAGCCUGAGGAGAAGGAGGCCCCCCACAAGGUCGUUGUCAAGGCUUAG